AUGGGAAAUGUGGUGUAUCCCAUGUGGGCAGAAUGCCCAAUGCUUACCCGGAUGGUGAUUGUAGGUUAUCCUGCCAUGUCCAUCGGCCUGCUGGUCUUUGCCUCCGUCUCUGAAGGGACUGCAUGGAUAGUGGACAGCCUCUUCGAUUGCAACCUUGACAAUCUCAUGAGCUUGAAGCUGUGGACGUUUCUCUGGGGGCCUCUCUAUAUGCCGAUGCAAAGUGGCAUGGCCUUCUUGAUGAUCCUUUUCGAGCUCUACAUGUCCAUGCAGUACUUCCCGUCCCACGAGAAGGAAAUGGGUUCUACUGGCUUUCUGGUCUGGAUCUUCUUUGUGAACACCGUCACCAGUUUGGUCUUCUUGGGCAUCCAGUUGUGCACCCUGCUCUACUAUCACCUAAGCGGCAACGUCCUGGGCGAAGCCUUUACCCGAGCCAGCGGCCUUCAUGGGUUGUGGCCGUUGAUCAUGGUGUGUCUAACCUUGACGGCCUUGAGCAACCCCGAUGGUAGCACCAACUUUUGGGGCAUGGUUCAGAUUCCAAACAAGUGGUACCCCAUCGCUUUGACUGCCUUCUUCAUGUUGCUGAAUGGCUUUCGGAUCAUGUGGAACUUCAUCGCCGCCCUGGCCGUGGGCUAUGCCUACAAGAAGUUCCGCUUUGAAAGGAUUUUGCCUUCCAAGACACGCCUGGAUCGUUUGGAGCAGCGCUGCUGCAGAGGAGGCCGGUGUAGUCUGCUGGGAACUUCCUGGAUCCCUGCGUCCUCCAGCGCAUCCUUCGACGUGGAUGUGCAGCUGGAUCGCCGUUAUCGCAACUUCUCAGAUCUUGGAGACGAUCGUGCGAGUGCCCCCGCUGCAGGUGGGACCACGGGCGGCACUUCGGGUCAGUUCGUGGCCUUCGGCGGCUCCGGCAACCGCUUGGGCGAGAGCACCGAGAUGACGGAGGUGAAACCUACCCGAGCCCUCUUCCUUGUGCCACGCAGUCGCAGGGAUUGCCCAGAGCGCAUGGAAUUUUUAUUGGGGUUUUUUUCUGAUGUGAUCCUCUUUGGACGGCAGGGCGGCGACGUUUGCGGCAUGGACCACAAAGGUAGCACUUCCAUUGGCGCCUCUCUCGUCGUAGCGCCCGGCGCACGGCCGUACGCCAUGGACACCAUGGACACCACAGCUAUGGCAGCGGGGGGUGAAUUUGAUCUGGAGCACUGCCUACAGGCUUUGGCCUUGGAGCCUCCGAGAGCCUCGCUCUUGAUGCGCUUUCCAAAUGCACUUCGGCUCGCAGAUGAUGGUCUUGGUGUUGGAUUGGGCGUGCCACGGUUGGGAGCCACCAGUCUCUUCGUGUGGUUCUUCUUCAUCCAUGCCCCGCCAGUGUUGAUCAAGGAGCAUGCGCUGCAGCGACCCAUUCUGAGUUUUCACCUGUGUGGUGCUCUCGGGAUUUCGCUGGCUUGCGUUCACAAUAGCCUCCUGACACCCUCCUUGUUCGAUGGACAAGCGCGACCCUUCCACGUCUAUGUGGGACGAGUUGGCAUGCUUGCAGGAGUCAUCAGCUUCUGCUUUGGCGCCUACGUGGCCUGGUUCCAGCAGGAGGAUUUGGGCUUUGCUUCUGCCAUCACAAUUGGAGGGCUGCUGCAGUUGAACGCCCAACGCUUGGGUUAUGCUGCAAUCUUAAGAUACUACAAUCUGAAGAAAGAGCUUGAGAACGUGCCCGGCGGGAGCGACGAAUCCCGGAGAUUGCAAAAGGAUAAAAAUGCAGCUUUGAAGGAACACAUCACGCAGAUGCUAGUGGUCUUCAUCUUUGGAUGUUUGAUCCCUGCAACAAUUCGCGUCAUUCAACAGUUCAAGUACCAGCUGAUCGCUGCUGUUUUGGCGAUCUUUGGCCUUCGGAUGGCACUGGGUGCGUACGUGGCGACCAUGACCAAGGGGCUGCAGGCAAACAGUGCUGUGCAGCCGCAGAAACAUGCAGAAACUGCGGCCAAAGAUGGCGACAGUCUGAAGCUGAAAAGCCGAAGAAAAGCGAUCAGCGUGGAACAUCGUCAAGUGGAGUCCUGGAAGCAGAACGUUAGAUCCGUGGAGCAUCGAGCCGACACCGCUACGAUCCGAAAGGCCUACUUGCAGAAGCAGAAAAUGGUUCACCCCGACGUGGCUGGAGAUGAAGCUCAGGAGGUGAGUAUGCUGCUGAACAGUGCAUGGGAUGUGUUGAAGAAUACGGAGAAACGUGCCGCUUACGAUGCAAGUUUGCAUGUGGCACCCCAUCAUGAAGAGCCAGAAGACGAUUCACCAACGUGGUCUUGGACACCCAAAGAGGGUCGCGGCCACAAGGUGAUUUACCACGGGCGUCCGCGUUCCAGGUCCUUAUACAAUCGGGUUCCUCAAGAAGAGCGCGGAGAGAAGUGGGAAGAACAGAAGUUCUUAUUCGUGGAUGAGUUGAAAUGCAUUUCCUGUUGGAAUUGUGUGAGCUGUGCCCCGAAAUCCAUUUGCAUGGACGCAGAUCACAUCCGUGCGCGGGUGUUUGCUCAGUGGGGCAACAGCGAAGAUGAUUUGGAAUGGGCGGUCCGAUCCUGUCCAGUGGAUUGCAUAUCCUGGGUCAGCCGCAAAGAGUUGCAAGUGCUGGAGCAUGUCACAGCUGAGCAUAUGAACUCCAUCGGAUGCGUGCGGCACCUUAGGGCACCUCGGGACACCUUGGGGCACCACGGGGAGCUGUGGAUUUCAGUGGCGGAAAAAGCAGAUGGCCACAGUGGCGCCCAGGUCCGAAGCAGUCGCUUUUCGAAACCCACACAUUUGCUGGGGCGCCCAAAUGUCAAGACAGAUGAUCUCCUGAAGAUCCAGGGGCUCCGUUCCUGGACUCGACGUUUUGUCCAGAUAUCAUUGGAUACCCGGCCACACCUCGCGGAGAAGUGGGUGGAGCGUCGCAGGCGGGAUGCCGAGUUCGCCAAGAAGCGGAUGGAGUUAGCCUCCAAGCACUUCAACGUGACAAUGGAGCAGCGCCUCUGA